AUGGAGGACGCUACAAUUUCGAACGCAAGCUCUGAAGAUAGAGUAAAGGCAGAAGCUCCUCAGCUUGCUGCUGUGCUGAAAGAAAUGAAGGAAGGAUUAGAUACAGUGAGGAUCAAAGUCCAAGCUUUAACUGCAAAGGUGAAAUCAAAUAAUUAUCCAACAGUGGAAGGGAUAAGCUAUCUUGAAGCCAAGCAUUUGCUGCUCUUAAACUAUUGCCAGUCACUUGUCUAUUACUUGCUUCGCAAGGCUAGAGGGUUCUCAAUAAAUGGCCAUCCCGUUGUUCAGAGCCUUGUGGAGAUAAGGUUGUUUCUGGAAAAGAUUCGACCCAUUGACAAGAAGUUACAGUAUCAAAUUGAGAAGCUCACCAAGGUUACUGCAAGCACAACUGAGAAUGUACAGCCAGGUGAAAAGGAAUCACAAGCAGGUGUGCCUCAGCGAACAGACGAUUUGUUGAAAUAUCGCCCGAACCCUGACAUGCUUGUUAGCAAAGCAGAUGUGACUUCUAAGGAUGGUAAUGAUGUGUAUCGACCUCCCAAAUUUGCCCCCACUUCGAUGGAGGAAGAUAAGUUGUCAAAGCAGGACAAAAAUGCAUUGAGAAAGGAAAAGAAUACUCUACGACAAGCUAGGCAGAGUGCUUUUGUUAGGGAACUGGUGGAUGAUUUGGAGGGGAGGCCUGAAGAGAUUGUAGAAAGUGUUGGAGCUGAAAGUUUAGAACUAGCCAGAUACAGGGCAAAGAUGGAGGACCGUGCACGGCAAGAAGAGGAGCUUUUUAUGCGUGCUCCUAUUACAAAGAAGGAGAAACAGAGGGAGAAACACUUAAAGAAGUCAAGAAAUGGGUUGCUUGGUUUGACGGACAAUUUCUAUGAUGAAAUCAAAACUUUACCUUUGGAAGAUGAAAAUGAUGGGCAGAUUCCAAGCUUCAGUAGUGCUAGGGGUGGAAUGGGGGAAAGACAUAAGAAGCGCAAGGCAUUGACAAUUUUGGCCCAUUGUGCAGAUGAGGCGUUGAAGGAUAAACCAGCCUAA